AUGAGCGCUCCAGGCUCAUCAUCGGCCUCGUGUUCGGAUGACGAGAAUUCCCGAUGUCCCGAGGAAAGCACGAAACUCGGCAUUUGGGAGUGCGAGCCGAUCUACUACUCGUUGCCCGGUCGAAAUGACAAAUCGCGCCGGGGAAAGGCCUACCGAAGCACGGGCGGCGGCGAGUGGCGAUGCUUUGAGGCGCACGAUGGGACGGUGUAUCGAAAAGGGGACAUCGUCUACGUGGAGACGACCGCCGCCGAACCGUAUCUCAUCGGAUCGAUUCAACACUUCAAAACGACGAAACGCGACCAGCUGAGCGUAAAGUUGCACCGAUUUUAUCGCGCCGAUGAUGUGCCUGAGGAUUCUCUCUCGUUGAUUCUUCAAGAACGGGGCGAGCUCGAAUUAGAACAAGAGCAACAGGAUCAAUUGGAACAAGCUCAUCAACGAGAAGUUUUCUCGUCAGAGAACGCGCAAACCUACUCGAUCGCUGCUCUCAGAGGCAAGUGCAAAGUGUCAUUUGUGAGGGAUCUCCGAUCAUUGGGCGAUACCGAUUUGACACAAGAAUCCGUCUUUGCUUGUUGUUUAUCCUAUAAUCAAGAAUCAAGAAGACUGGCACCUGUGCAAGGCGAGAUCCGAGUCGGUGCAGCCUAUCAGGCAAAGCUACCGGCCGAGCCGACAUGCAGUUUGUCCGAGGAUCCUGAUCGAGAUGAGCUACUUUAUGUGCCCGGGCAAAUCGAAAAGGAACGAGAAACGCAUUAUGUGAAUCUGACAAGAACUUUCCGCCGCUUCACUCUGUACGCAUGCAAAAUGACUGAAACAGAGCACAGCGCUCGAGUCAGCGAUCGAUUAUUGGACGAUGCGAUUGUUGCUUUGCAUAGGAAUGGAUACGAUAUCAAGAAAGCUAUCAAUGAAAUGAAUGCAAAUGAUCAACUACUCUCUUCGGAUGUCUCAUACUUAACGCAAGAAGAUGUGAAGAAAUUCGGGAAAGGGAUUCGCACAUACGGGAAAAAUUUCGUGAAAAUCUCCCGAGAAUGUCUUCCAAUGUACAAAAGAGAUCAAUUGGUCAGUUUCUACUAUUUGUGGAAAAAGUCACAGGAUGCGACGAAACCGAAAGCCAUUGGCAGAAUGAGAAAUCAGACAGCGAUCACGAGGAAACCAAAGAACUCUUUGAAAACGUCUCGUCCUGGAUCGACAGAGUUGCACGAUUAUGCGAGUGCGAGCGAGAGUGAAGUGGAAACGGGAGAAAUUGAGGGACGACCAUUGAGAUAUGCUUGCCAUCAUUGUUAUGAAUCGAAAUCGCGCGAUUGGCAUCACGCCGGCAGAGAGAAUCUACUUUUAUGCACGAAUUGUCGGCUAUUCUAUAAGAAAUACGGACAAUUGAGACCUGUUGAGAGACCAGCCACAGUCCCUCCUGAGUUGUUCAAGAGUGGAGACGACGAGGAAGAAUCAGGCGUUCGAACGCGAGCUGGACGCAAAGAAAGACAGAGAACGCCGAAAGAAGCCACUCCAUCACAAAAAUGGGAAACGAAAGCGAAGUGCCGUGCCACAUGUGAAUGGGAAUUCGGCAAAAAGAAACCAAAAGAAGAGGAUGAGGACGAGAAGAUGGAUAUCGAGAUGCAUGGAAUAUCGGUGAAAAAGGAGAUCAAAGACGAGCAUGAUGAGAAGCCAUCCCCUUCAUCGUCGACUCUUUCCUCUUGUUCUGCCACUCCAUCAUCAACCGUUGCCCCGAGAACGGGUGUUGAUGGCACUUCUGUGCCUGCCAUUUCACACAAAACUGAUUUGGAGCGAAAGUUGGCCUCAUCGCCAAAAUCGGGAACUCCAGUGAACAACGGACUUGAUGGAUAUUCGACAAUCAUAGCCGACGCAAAUCUCGGAGGAGAACCGAUUGAGCCAUACGUUGAAGAAGAGAAAGAAAUCCCGAUUAUAACAGAAGACAUUGUUCAUUCGUCGAAGAAUUGUGAAUUCAUUCUUGCUAUGAAAUGGAAAGAUGGACAACGAAGUGCGAGAACGGAUUUGAGAUUUAGAAAUAAGCCUGGAUCUGCUUGGGAUCAAGGAAAAAAGAGAAAGCACGCGAAGAAAAGGAGGAAGACCAAAUCACAUUCGAAUUCCGCUGGGCAACCGAAAAAGGAAUCGAACCCGAUCGCUCAACAACAAUCUUUCUCGGAACUCCUUGGAGGAGUGGCAAGAGUUGCGUCUGGAAUGGUACCCGUUUCAAUGCCUACUCAGAUGUCUGCUCAGAUGUCCGGUCUGCCGCCUGGGAUCGCAAAUUUACAAGCUGGUUUCCCACCUGGAUCUAUUCAUCCUCAUCUCUUACAACAAAUGGUUGCUCUUCAACAAGCCGCCGCUCUCGAACAACAGCAACAAGCCGCUGCACAAGCCGCUCAUCAACAAGCACAAGCACAAGCACAAGCCGCCGCUGUACAAGCCCAACAACAGGCUCAGCAACAACAUCAACAACAUCAACAACAUCAACAACAGCAGCAACAGCAGGUAAUGCAAGCGAGAAUCCAACAAGAGGCUCUUCGUUUUAUGCAAAUGGGUCGAGGAGGGCCACCAUUUGGUGGAAUGGCUCCACCACCUCCACCAACGUCUUCCGCACAAGGUGGUCAUCCCAUUGGAAUGCCCCAUUUCGAUAUGAAUGCUCUUGUCGCUGCCGCUGCUCAAGAUCCAGCCGCUAUGCAACGCUUGCAAAUGGAAAUAUUACUGCAACAACAAGCCCAGCACCAACAGCAGCAACAACAGGCUCAACAAAUGGCGGCCGCAUCGAUGGCAAUGGGUGUCCCGCCUGGGAUGGCUGUUACACCAGAAAUGCAAAUGAUGUUAAUGCAGGGAUUGAGGGGAUUUGAGGCAGCUGCACGGAUAACAAGCCGCUCAACAACAAGCGGCUGCGUUGGCUGGAAUGGGAAUUCAUCCACAAAUGCUGGCAAUGGCUCAAUUGAAUGGAAUGGGCGGCCAUCAACUCCCGUCUUCCGAUAUGAUGCGUCGAUUGCAAGGCGAGGUGAAGUAGACGAUCUUGGUUUUCGACGUCCAUGGGAUGUAAAACUUGACGAAAACUGUGAGGUUUGGCUGCGUAAUUGUCCGCCUCGUGGUGAGAUCCCGUCAACUUCAGUACCGAAUUUAGUGGCUGAAGAGAUUCGACUUGAUCUACCGCGAACAUUUCCCGAUAAUAUUCGAUUACGAAACACAAAAGCCCAAAACACGGUGGGAAGGAUUUUGUAUGAGUUGGCCCGGGUCUCAACUUCAUCGCCGCUCUUUUUGUGGCUGCUUUUUUGGAGAAUGAGGAACGGACAGAAAGAUCUUCUUAUAUUUUUGUCAAGAAGUACCGGUGAUUUGUUCGACAUUGGUUCGUCUCGAUGUCGGUUUGGAUCUCCCUACUCGGAAAAUGGUUCCUUUGCUGGUUUCUGGAAGUUCUUCCGAUGGAGACGGUUCCUCCGAAUUUGGGAUUGUUUCAUUUACGAGGACGUUGUUUGGUUCUUUCGAGUUGCGAUACGAUUGCUUCGAAUAAAUUCCAUAAAAAUUGCCGCCUGCAAGACGAUGGAUCAACUAUUGACAACGAUUCAAUCAAUCGGACCGAGUAAACCCUCACUUAAAUGUCAUCUGCUUAUACAGAAUGCGAUGAGCGAAAAGAUCACUCAAGAUCAAGUCGACGCGUUGAGAGAUCGAUUCUCGAAAGAAUUC